AUGGUUAACCCACGAUCCUUGCAAUUUGAUCCUGAGAUAGAGAAGACAACCAUAAGUCUCAGAAAAAUUGCCAAGGAAAGAAAAGAAAAAGAAGCAUCAAGCUCGACGGAACCAAAGGAAGAAACUAUGGCUGACAACAUCGUACUUCAGAAUCCUCCAAGAACCUUGGGAGAUUACAUGACUCUAGCCCGAGUUCCGCAGACGACAAGCAUUGUUAGACCAAAUGUGGAUGCUAAUAAUUUUGAGCUCAAGCCAGCACUGUUGCAACUGAUUCAAAAAGAUCAGUUCGCUGGAGGAAGCACAGAGGACCCCUACAUUCAUCUUGAGAAUUUCUUGCUUUAUUUUGACACAUUAAAGAUGAAUGGAGUCUCACGUGAUGCCAUCUUGCUCAGAGUCUUCCCAUGCUCACUGAAGGAAGAAGCAAGAGGUUGGCUGCAAUCACUGCCUCAAGGAAGCAUCACCAACUGGGAUGACUUGGCUACCAAGUUCUUGGCCAGAUUCUUCUCAUCUUCAAAGAUGGAAACUUCUUUUGAACAAAAAGAAAGUGAAUCCUUAUACGAGGCAUGGGAAAGGUUCAAAGGACUACUCUGCAAAUGUCCACAACAUGGCUUUGAAGCUUGGGAGAAAGGACAAAUUUUCUUCCAAGAAAUAACGCCCAAUACAAGAACCUUGAAUGAGCAAAUAUUACAAAUUAACAAGAGACAACAAGCACAACUAGAUGCUCUCACGAAGCAAUUUUCAAAUUCUCAAGUCUCUUCUGUUAACACUCCUCAAGUCACUUAUGGGAUUUGUGCAAGUGCUCAUGCUACUGAAGGCUGUGAUUUCAUGAAGGCACCUGAGAAUGCUGAAGACAACGAAAUCUGGUACGAUCAAAAGAACCAGAAUAAUCCAGGGAGGAAACAAUAUGGAAAUAACUAUAAUCAAGGGUGGAAAAAUCAAAAUCAACACUCAGAGUUUAGUUACAAAUCAAAUCAUCAGUUGAAUCCUCCUCCACUAGUACAACAACAAGGUAACACCUCAGAGUGGGAGAAAGCCUUUGAAUGGCUGUCCAAGACCACUUCAGAUUAUAUUCAAAAUGCAAAUGCCUUUAGGGAAGACACCUCUGCUUUUAUGCAUAAAACAAGAGCUUCAUUUCGGAACAAAGAAGCUUCCAUCUGGAAUCUUGAAACUCAUAUUGGCCAGCUGUCAAGACAGUUCGCUGAAAGAACCCAGGGUACCUUCUCGAGUAACAUUCUCACUAACCCAAAAGCACAAUGUAAGGCUAUUACUACCAGAAGUGGGAUCGUGAUUCUACCUAUGGAAAAGCCUUCAGUGGAGAAGAAGAAAGAUGAAGAACCUGCAGCUGAAGAGGAGGAAAAGAAAGAUGCGGGAGAAUAUGAAAAGAGCAUUCCAGAAAAGAAGCUGUUUAAAUGGGAGAAAAAGAAAGCUCUAGACAGGAAAACAAAACCUGUGGAUCCAUCUCCCUAUGCUCGAGUUCCAUACCCUCAGAGGCUGAAACAAGAUAUCCAGAAACAACAAUACACAAAAUUUCUGGAGAUCUUCAAGAAGUUGCAGGUGAAUAUUUCCUUUGCAGAAGCUCUGGAAAGCAUGUCGAACUAUGCAAAAUUCAUGAAAGACCUUCUAUCUAGAAAGCGCAAGUUGAAGGAGGGCGAAAUAGUGGCCUUAACCGAGGAAUGCAGUGCAAUUAUUCAGAAGAAACUUCCUCCCAAAUUGAAAGAUCCAGGCAGCUUUAGCAUUUCUAUAGAAAUUGGGAAUAUUGAAGUAGGAAAGGCACUAUGUGAUCUGGGAGCGAGUAUAAAUUUGAUGACGCUCUCCAUAUGUAAAGCUCUUGGAAUCAAAAGGCUGAAACCAACUACAGUUCCUCUUCAAUUAACUGACAGAUCGAUCAGACGACCAGACGGGGUUAUUGAGGAUGUUUUGGUAAAAAUUGACAAAUUUAUUUUUCCUGCAGAUUUUGUAAUCCUGAACAUGGAAGAAGAUGCUGAAAUCCCUCUACUGUUUGGGAGGCCCUUCCUAGCUACUGCAAGAGCAACGAUCAAUGUGAAGCAAAGGAAGCUGAUGUUGAGGAUGAAUGAAAAGACAGUCACCAUUGAUGUCUUUGAGUUUAUGAAGCAUCCAUAUGAUGGAUGA